AUGAAUCCAUCCCCUCAAACCCCCCUUACGAAAGAAAUGGCUAGUCCAGAAUACUCCAUCGUUCCCGUUUUAGAGGCCGACCUCCCCUUUCUAGCCAAUUUUACCCAUGCCGCUAAGCUAUCUUUAAGCAUCAACCGUCUCAUCUUUGAAAAUUGGCCAAAUGAGGCACUUCAGAAAGAGAUGUACAGUAACGCCGUCCUACACAGUUACUCAGAACCUUCGAUGGAAUGUUUUAAGGCUGUCGAUGCCAACUCCAACGAAAUUAUUGGCUACUUUGUCCUUGCACGGAAGCAACCAGUCAAAGAGAGUAUAGUCAAUAACGGAAACGAAGAUUCCCGGCAAGCUACCCCAGAUGGCCUCAAUCGCGGUCUCUUUGAGGAGGUGAUGACAGCGACCACCAAAAUCGCCAAACAAACGGAGACAAUCGAUCGGUUUGAAGUGAUCUACAUGUGUGUGAAGCCAUCCCACCAGCGGAAAGGAGUUGGCUCCAAGCUAGUUCAGCUGGGCUUCGAUCGUGCCCAUGCUGAAGAUAUCCCACUUACUAUCUGUGCUGAAGCUCCAGCAUAUGAGUUUUUCAACAAGUUGGGAUUCGAAGACAUGACACACUGCGAUAUCGAUCUGAGAAAGUAUGCACCGGCUAACAGUGGCUUUGGUAUCUUCCGUCUGACAGGGAUGGUGUGGCGCCCUUAG